ACUCAGUUUUACAGGAGCGAUGCUGCUGUUCUGGAUUGCAUUAUGUCUUAUGUGGCCUGGCACACUCAGCUUCAUGAUGUUCAGCUCCAGGGAUGGUCUGUGUCUGGAGGACUCAUCUGACAAAGGGCUUCAGUUAAAGUCCUGCAGCCUGGAUUCGGUCCUGCAGCAGUGGAUGUGGACGGACCAGCAGCUCCUGAUGAACGCAGGCUCUCUGAAGUGUCUCUCCGCCAUCCACAGCGACCCCGUUCGGACCGUCAGCUGUGAGUCUGCUGAACAGAUCCAAUGGCGGUGCAAAGAUCAGCAGCUAAUCGGCCUGAAGAACGGCCUCGUGUUGAGCGCAGAGAGAGGAAAAAUCACACUCAGCAGAGCAGGACAACACAUGUGGAGAUCUGUGGACACAGCUGACAUCUGCCAGAAGACACUGAGAUCCAGAAGGGAAAGUGAUUUAGAGACAGACGAGUUUGACUUUGCUGAAACGUCGUCGCCUGAGCAGAGAAUGACAGAGGCACAGAUGAAGUUUUUACAGUGGUAUUACCGCACUGAGGACCCGACACCGUGGAAGUUUGGCAUGCUGGCAUUUGCUUUUCUGGGUCUUCUAAUUGGUGCUAUGCUGAUUGUUAUGGGCAUGAUGGGUAACAGGAACAGGAAGCAAAUAGCCAAAUAUAAAGCAUCCACAAAGGUGAAAGAGGUGAAAGCUGAAACGGAAGAGCUGCAGGUCAUCAUCACUGACAACAACGAAGAGAAAACACAUCACAACACAACACACAACAGUGGAGUCUCAGACGAGCUUAAGCCGGGAGAAAUCAUGGUGACCUGGAGGGACGGAAAUGUGUCUACUCUUUAUCCUGAACCUGCGGAUGAGAGCCAAGCUGAAGAGGACGUCCUGAAAGGGAACGAGGAGGCGUAUGAAGACCCUCAAAACACAACACACGUAAUAACAUCGUCUGAGACCAUCGCCUUUUAGUUUAGUCCUACUGUUUGUGGUCGAGAUUCACAUUUUUGACUAUUUUAGAGUUGAAAUACAGCUGAGGGCGAAACAGUUUUCCCCUCAUAUACAGCAAAGGAGCUUUUUCAAUGUACAUUUAUUUUAAACAUGAUUAUUGCACUUGGUUUUCAUAGUCCAAAAUAUAUACUUUAUAUGUAGCAUCAGGUAAUGUACACUGCCCAAAAAACAAUAAAUCAUUUUCUUUUACUUAAUUUUUUUAUAACCA